UUAAAAUUAAAAAGUAAUGUUUUGUAGAAAAUUAUUAAACAAAAACGCUAUAAAAUGUUCAGCGAAAAACCAAAUAAGAAAAUUAAAAAAGCAUGAUUAUGCAAUGCCAGAAGAAAAAACAACGGCUGAAGAAAUAUUAAUACAAGUGUUUAAAACUAAUGAAGUAAAAACCCAAAAAGACUGGAAAAAAGUUAGACAAGAAAUUUUAAAUAACCAAUUCAAUAAACAUGUUAUUACUCCUGUAAAUAUUGAUUCUAUGAUUAUAGGAUUUUGUACAAAACCUGAAAAAUAUCAGCUAGCAUCGAGUUACAUAAAAUUCUUGCAAAAAGAAAAAAUAAAGCCUAAUUUGGCAACAAACGGCAAAUAUUUAAAAUUACUGUAUGAAAAAAAUACCGAAAAAUGUUUGAAAGCAGAUGAAAACGAAAUUUUAGGGAUUUACGAGGAGUUGCGAAAAGGUUACCCAGUUUUGGAUUCAUUCACGAUAGAAAAUUUAAUUUUAGGACUUUCGGUAACCAAAGAGUGGAAGAAAUGUUUGGAAUUAUUUGAAGAGAUAAAAAUCACAGCCAUAGCAAAUAAUAGUGUUUAUAGUGCAUUUAUUAGUUCAGCAUUUUUAAAUAAUGAGGAAGACUUGGCAUGGCAGUUUUUAAAUGAAUUAAUAGAGAAUAAUAGGACUCCAAAAUCAAUCAUUUUUACAUCAUAUUUAGCAACAGCAAAAAAAUUAAAAUCAAAGGAAAAAAUACAUGCAAAAUUGGAAAAAAUGUUUGAAUUCCUAAAAAAUAACGAUUUACGUCUAGAAAAAACUGCCAUAGAAAAACUAGAAGAACUAUCGACAAGUUUAAAAGUCUCUACUAUGACAACAAAAGUAGACUUUAAAGGAACAUGUAAAAACUGCAGGCAAAAUUUGGACACCUUUGAACUAACAAAUGAAGAAUUUCAAGAACUAAAAGACGUUUUAUUUAAAAACGUUAUUUUAGGAAGGGAUAUUUUUGUUAAAACAAGUCCACAGGAGAUGUCAAAUUUUCAAAAUUUCAUAUUGCAACAAGAAAAAUUUGACGUAGUUCUUGAUGGUUUAAACAUUGCUUUUUCUGUGGGAACUAAACAUCCUCCCCAUGUGUUUUCGACGUUAUUAGCAAAUGUUGUAAAAUAUUUUGUGGAUCUAAACAAAAGAGUUUUAGUAUUAGGGCGUGUACACAUGCACAGAUGGCCACAACAGACAUGGGGUUAUGUAAAAAGUAACUCUACGAUUUUUUUAACGCAAAAUAUCUCAGAAGAUGAUCCUUAUUUACUGUACUGUGCAUUAAAUUCAGGGAAAAAUACAAAAAUUGUUACUAGGGACUUGAUGAGGGGACACAAAUUUUUACUAAAAAGUCCCAAAUAUAAGACAUUAUUUAACAGGUGGUUAACACAAAGACAAUACCAAUUAUUAAGAAUAGACCAAAGAGGACAACCGAUUUUUAAACAUCCACUGCCCAUAAGUCCAGUAGCCCAGAAAAAUGGGACACAUUGGCAUUUACCAUAUGAUGAAGUGGAAAAUAAUAAAAACGAAUAUUUGAACAGUUGGUGUUGUUUGCAGCUAAUGAAAUAAAAUUUUG